AUUCAGAUGUGGGUGGUCAGGACUUUAUCCUGACUCCUCCUCAUGUAAUUAUUCGGCAUUAUUCGGUCCUUUACGAAUAAAAAAUCCCUACUUUACCCCCAAGUAAAGUAAAUAGUGAAUUUGGGUGAUAUUGUUUAUUUUUUACGUUUGUGACGGUGUGCUGUGUGUGUGCGGGUGGACCACUAUGAAAAUUACGGUGGUGACAGUAGUUGUUCUCUUAAUGGGGUGCAUUUCCGUAGAGUACGUCGACAGCAGGAGUAAAGGACGAGGGAAGGGUUCAAUGUGGUGGGGCAUCGCAAAGGCGGGUGAGCCAAAUAAUCUCUCGCCACUUUCUCCCGGCGUGCUUUACAUGGACUCAUCCGUGCACGGAACCCUUCGAAAGAAACAAAGGAGAUUGGCGCGAGAAAACCCGGGCGUGUUAGUUGCCGUCGCAAAAGGCGCGAAUCAAGCCAUACACGAAUGUCAGUACCAGUUUCGUAAUCGAAGAUGGAAUUGUUCUACGCGAAACUUUCUACGAGGCAAAAACUUAUUUGGGAAGAUCGUCGAUCGAGGUUGCCGCGAGACCGCAUUUAUCUACGCAAUUACAAGUGCGGCAGUAACACACGCCGUCGCAAGAGCUUGCAGCGAAGGCGCAAUAGAGACGUGCAACUGCGACUACAGCCACCAUAAGAGUAGACCAAGGGUUUCCGGAAAUUCGGCGGUCGCCGGAGUUAGGGAUUGGGAAUGGGGAGGGUGCUCGGAUAAUAUAAGAUUUGGAUUUAAAUUCAGUAGGGAGUUCGUAGAUACGGGCGAGCGAAAUAGAAAUUUACGUGAAAAAAUGAAUCUACAUAACAAUGAGGCAGGAAGGAUGCACGUACAAUCCCAAAUGCGCCAGGAAUGUAAGUGCCACGGCAUGUCGGGUUCUUGCACGGUAAAAACCUGCUGGAUGCGUCUUCCACCGUUUCGAGUAAUCGGCGAUACUCUGAAAGACCGUUUCGAUGGUGCGUCUCGGGUGAUGGUAAGCAACGUUGGGAACGCACACAGCAACAACGCGCAUAACAACAAAUACAACAAAAGUAACAACAUUAACAGUAACAGUAUUCACAAUCGACGGGAAGGAAAGGGUCGAAAACAGAAAUACGGCUUUCAGUUGAAGCCUUACAAUCCGGAGCACAAGCCGCCGGGACCGAAGGACCUGGUCUACUACGAACCAUCACCGGGAUUUUGUGACCGAAAUCCGAAAUUAGGGAUACAGGGAACGCACGGUAGGCAAUGCAACGAUACUUCGAUAGGGGUCGAUGGAUGUGAUCUGUUGUGUUGCGGACGAGGGUAUCGCACACAAGUGGUGGACGUAGUCGAAAGGUGCAACUGUACCUUUCAUUGGUGCUGUGAGGUAAAAUGUGAUGUAUGUCGAACGAAAAAGACAGUGCAUACAUGUCUGUAACCUACGGGCAUAUAAAACAAAAGGACUAUGUUAUAAAAUGACUAGAUCGCGAAUGCAAAUCCUGCAGGUGUUAUCAGUAUUAAUAUGAAUAGAAUUAUAAUUAGAUUCUUCGUGACAUUGUGAUUUUUGGUUAUUAAGUCACUACGUAAAGACGAAAACAUUCCUCGCUAACGAUUACAAACUGUAUGCAUAUCGGAUCGAUCGACUGCAUAUAAAACAAUCGCGCAGAUAUUUCCAUUCAAUUCAAUACAAAUUCCUCGAACUCGAAAAUUUCCUAAAUGAAUGUGUUUCGUUUUAAGUAUUGACGUAAUAUCCGCAACUAUUGCUAUUAAGUGAAUUGCGUGUCUCUUAUUAAAGACUGAUUUGAAAGUUAAUCUGUGAAUAUAAUGUAAUUAUCGGAAAACUUCUUUCUUAAUGAUAUUUCUUAAUUUAUUUAUAUGUAUUAUAGUCUCAAUCACUUACGAUUGUUUUAACGCUUAAGCCAUAACUUUUAUUCCAUACUUUUAUAUUUUAGCCGACAAUGCUUUUAACAUUGAAGAAUAAAAUAUUGUUAUGUACGCUUAAACCUUUAGUUUACUAAGUUUUAUUUAUUUAUGUAUUAUAAACAGUCGUAUUGUAUGCUGUUGUCAUGUAAUGUUCCGUGCAUAUUGUUAGUAAUUGCCCACUUCCUGUAAAAUUGUAAAUAUAUAGUGUACAUUUUGUCAAUUUUUGUGUAACAUAUAAUAUUUUUAUAAAGUAAUAUUUAUAAUCGUGGUACCUGUAUUUGUCUAUAUUACAAAUAUUUAAUAAA